CUGGAUCUUAAGUUUCGGUUUCUGUCUUCUAUGCGGUUGCGGUUGGUUUGUAGCUGGUAGAUCCGAGGGGAAGACUCAGUGGUGGCAUAUCGUAAACAAGAAUUUGAAAACAAAAGCAGAGAGAAAAAAAUUCAAGGCCAGAAUAUGGAGUGUUAAGUCGGUUUAUCCUAACUCUACAACGAUUCUUCAAAAACGUAACACCUUCCAGAAUAUCUGUUGUUAAGUGGGGAAGGCGGAAGAAGUCCUCGAUAGCCUACGUUUUGUGAAUUCUUGCAGGCAAUGGCGUGUUUUGGCAACAAUGAGAAAAGGACUGAAUGGACUCCACUGGAGGAGAGAAGUGUCACAGACAUACCUUGGCUCAUCUUUUUCAUUUUGUUUUGCAUUGGCAUGGUUAUAAUAACUGGAUUAUCAAUUGCCAUGGGUGGUACAUCCAGACUGGUAAAGGGAUAUGACAGCUAUGGGAACAUAUGUGGGCAAAACAACAGCAAGACUUUAGACAUUCCUCAAAAUGGAGGGGAUUUCACACAGAGAAAGUUUGUGUUCUUCCUGGAGCCCUGUAAGAUUGACCUUGUUAAUAGGAAGAUGAAGUCAAUAGCUCUGUGUGUGUCAAAAUGCCCAGAAGAGGAACUAAAAACCCUUGAGGAUGUCAGAAAGUUUGCAAUUAUGAAUGGGUCAAAACUUUGUAGAUAUGACAUAGAGCAUUCCUCUUACCCCAGCCAUCCUGACAAAGCAACCGGCUGUCCACAACUGCCUGUUAAGCCCAGCAAGGCUCGGCUCAACCGCUGUGUCCCAGUUGAUGUCAGCUGCUACGCCCAGUUUGCUCAGGCCCUAGUCAACUCCGUCAGUGAGAACGUGUUCCAGAGGAUUGCCGCCGGCGUCAUGGCCUCAAAGGAGAUCAUCUUUGGACUCUGCAUGCUCUCAAUAGUUCUCUCAGGGAUUCUUAUGGUGGUGAUCAGAUACAUCUCUGCCGUACUGGUGAUGAUUCUCACAGUACUCGUAGUCUUGGGCUCCAUCGCUGGCACUGGUGUUUUAUGGUGGUUGUAUGUAGACCUUAAGAAGUCUACUAAUUCCACCUCACCUGUUGAACAAGCGAUAGCUCAAGGCAACACCCAGGGUCUCCUUGCCUAUGCAAUCACAGCCACAGUGUUUACGGUGGUGCUCCUGCUGUUGAUUGUCUUCCUGAGGAAGCGAGUGGCUCUUACCAUUGCCUUGUUCCAUGUGGCAGGGAAUGUCUUCACUCAUAUACCUUUGCUAGCCUUGCAGCCAGUGUGGACGUGUAUGUCCCUUUUGCUUUUUUGGGUGUGUUGGCUUGGGGUGCUCCUGUCUCUAGGAACUUCAGGAAGCCCUGUGUUGAAUACAGACACACAAACGGUGGAGUUCAAGCUGGCUGAGCCGCUGCAGUACAUGGUCUGGUACCAUGCCGUGGGCCUCAUCUGGGUCAGUGAGUUCAUCCUGGCCUGCCAGCAAAUGACUGUGGCUGGCGCUGUGGUCACCUACUACUUCACCAGGAACAAGUCUCAGCUGCCUGUGAUGCCAAUCCUGACCUCAGUCCUAAGGUUGGCACGCUACCACUUGGGCACUGUGGCCAAAGGGGCCUUCAUCAUCACUUUGGUGGAGAUUCCACGCCUCAUCCUCACCUACAUCCACACCCAGCUUAAAGGGAAAGAAAAUGCUUGUGCUCGCUGUAUGCUCAAAGCAUGCAUAUGCUGUCUGUGGUGUCUUAAGAAGUGCCUUCAGUACUUGAACCAAAACGCAUAUACAGCCACUGCCAUCAACAGUACAAGUUUCUGCACAUCUGCCCAAGAUGCAUUUAUUAUCAUGGUGGAGAAUGUUGUUCGUGUGGCUGUCAUUAAUACCGUGGGGACCUUCAUCCUCUUCCUUGGAAAGGUGCUGGUUGUGUCAUGCACAGCUUUUGUGGGUGUCCUUACUCUGAGGUACCAGCAAGAAUACACAGUGUGGGUAGUACCCGUGAUUAUUGCCUGUCUAUUUGCCUACUUGGUUGCCCACUGCUUCCUGUCAGUCUAUGACAUGGUGGUGGAUGUGCUCUUCCUCUGCUUUGCCAUCGACUCCAAGUACAAUGAUGGGAGUCGUGGCAAAGAGUACUAUAUGGAGAAGGCUCUCAUGGAGUUUGUAGAGAACAGCCGUAAGGCAAUGGAGCGGGGUGCCUCAGGUGGCAGCAAAGAACUGACACCAAUGGCACGUAGAGGUAGGUAGGUUUGGCUGGACCUGAUGAAACAAAUGACACCGCAACACACCUCAAUCCUUGAUGCCAUUUUCUAAUGCACCCUUUAAUAUCCUGAAACUGUCAGUGUGUUGCAUUCCAGAUUAAAUGGUUUGACAUGUUCUAAUGCCAAAUGCAGCCUUUAAUGUCCUGAAACAGUCAUAGUGUGUUGCACUCGAAGCGAAAUGUUUUACUUGACUGCCUUAACUUUUUAUUCAUUUUUUGUAUCAGAAAAGUGUUUAUAGAUAUGUGUUAAAUUGUUCUACUUACUGGAGUGUUUGUUCAAAGUUAUUAAAAGCUAUUGAUUAUA